AUUACUGUGGCAGCACGAGUGGGUGAAGCGGCUACUCUGUCCUUCAAAGCAGGGUAGCCAGCGGGUGUCACAGCGCCACCUUGGGAAUUGCGCCCAAGGAAAUAGAUGGGUUUGUACCCAAGGAGAACAAGACUUCUUUAAAUGCAAAAAAUAAUUAAUUUUAUUGUUUCUCUCUUUAAAAAAACAAAAAAAACAGUAAAAUUCAAGGAGCACAAUAGGAAAGGGAGUGCAGUGCUGGGGCCUACCAACAGGGGGGAGGGCAAUCCAAAUGUGGGAACUGGGCCUAAACAAAUUAAUAAAUCAAAAUAAGUCACCCCGAGCACUUGUGAAUAAACAUUCAAUCCGUGAAGAAAUUCCAACACCGGUCACUCGCACAGCACACUGGUCCAGUCCCUCUGGAUGCCCCACCACUGCCUUCAGCUCCCAGCCUGGAGACAAAAGGGUGGGGUUAAACAAAGAAACUACAAUUUACACAUGGGUGCUAAAAUGAGGUUACCCUCUGAUACUCACCGAGUGUGUGAGCUUUUCAUUCAAGCAGAUGGCUGUACAAGUUCAGAUUUCUUGUUGCGGAAAUUUUGUAAAGACGCUCAAAUCCCAUCUUCAAGUUAAUUUAUUCUGAAAGGGAAAGUUGGAAAUUGUCCACCAGUAUCCAUAUUGCUACUUGCACAAACAAUGCAGUAUUUGUUGCUAAUAUUACUGAUAAACUCUUUUGCUACCUUGUUAUGGCGUCGAAUUCAGGCCCAAACUCUCCUCUCCUGGUCAAAAUUAUGAACUGUGAAAUUUUGGCUAGCCUUAAUUUAAUCUUAAUACAAAUAUAAUACAUAAUCAUUUAUAAUAUAAUAAUUUAUACUUAAUAUAAUAUAAAUAUAAUACACAAAACCAAAUAUCAAACUUCUGCCUUUUGCUGUUUAUAGUGUUCUCCACCAGAGGGCAACAAAGCGUCUCGAGUGACGUAAUUUUCAUGAGCCGGAAGACGGGAAAUUGUAGUUGUGCAGAAACCCUGACAUGACAAAUCAAAUCGCACAGUGAUUCAACAACUCAUUCGUUUACAAAGCAAGCAGUGAAGGAGCCCUGCCCCGUGGCGUUCACUGACAUCUGGGCUCAUUUACAGCACAGGUUCAGUCUGCUCUGCACAUAGACAGGACGUGUACAGAUAUCUGGACGAGUUUCUUCCUACAUAUCAGCAGCAGCAAUGCACGGCCGUGUGAAGGUCAAAACCACAGCCCAGCAGGAGGAGGAGAAAAGGAAAGAGCGGGAGAAGAAGCUGAAGGUCUACGUGGCUGCACGGGACGCCUGCUUUUCCAAGAGGAAGGAUGGUGUUUUGGACGAUGAAGCCCUGCAGCUGACUCAGCAGCUCCUCUCUGCAAACCCUGACUUUGCAACCCUCUGGAACUACCGACGAGAGAUCCUGACGCACCUGGAAACUGUCAAAGACGAGGAUGAAGCGCAGAAGAUUUACGAGGCUGAGUUGUCGUUUCUGGAAUCUUGCCUGAAAGUGAAUCCAAAGUCCUACGGCAGCUGGCACCACAGAGGGUGGGUCUCGGCCCGUCUGCCUCGGCCCGACUGGGCCAGAGAGCUGAGCCUGUGUGAUCGCUGCUUAAGCCUCGACGACCGCAACUUCCACUGCUGGGAUUACCGUCGCAUGGUGGUGAAAAUGUCCGGCGUGCCGGUGAAGCAGGAGCUGGAGUUCACCGACCGCCUCAUAGGCUCCAACUUCUCCAACUACUCCAGCUGGCACUACCGCAGCACCCUGCUGCCGCUGCUCCACCCGGGCUCCCCGGAGCCGCCGCCCUCGCGCUGCGGCGGUGACCCUCCUCACUCCUGCUCGCCGCCCUCCCCUCAGGCCCACUUCCACCGAGUGUGUGAAGAGCAGCUGCUCAAGGAGUAUGAGCUGGUUCAGAACGCUUUCUUCACCGACCCAAACGACCAGAGUGCUUGGUUCUAUUACCGCUGGCUGCUAGGCAGAGCGGAGCGUGAGGAGGUGAUAAGCUGUGCGUACGUCAGUCGGGAGCAGGAGCGAGUCGCCGUCGCCUUCUCCAGGCCUGUCAAUGCGCAGUCCGGCGGUCUGCUGCUGGUCCUCGACGGUCAGCCUCAGAGAGUGGAGUGGCGGAGCGUCCACCCACACUUCAAACACAGUCCAGUCUGGAUCUGCGACCUUCCUCCAGGAACGAUAAGCGACGUCGCCAACGAACACAACCUGACCGUGCACUGGACUGAAAAACACACCCACCGGGACUGCGCCCUCUACACAGGCCGGAGCGAGAGCUGGUGUCGGGACAGCGCUACAGACCUCGAACUGUUCAGGAGUGAACUCUCGGUGGAGAAGACCUCGGUGUUGCAGUCGGAGCUGCAGUCCGUCAACCAGCUACAAGAACUGGAGCCUCUGAAUAAAUGGUGCUUGCUGACCAUUAUCCUCCUGAUGAGGGCACUAGACCCUCUUGGGUAUGAGAAAGAGACCCUCGCUCACUUUCAGACACUCAAGGAAGUGGACUCCAUGCGCGCCGCAUAUUACAGCGACCUGUGCAGCAAGUUCAUGAUCGAAAACACCAUCCUGAAAAUGGAGUACGCCGAAGUGCGAGUCUUCAGUAUCUCUGACAGGAACCUGACCACAUUGUGCCACCUGGACCAGCUGUUAUUAGUGACUCACAUCAAUCUGUCGUCCAAUCAGCUGCGGCGGCUGCCUCCUCAGUUUGCGAUGCUGCAGUGCAUGGAGGUUGUGGAGGCCGAUAACAACUCUAUAGAGAACCUGGAGGGGGUUUAUCACCUUCCCAAACUGGAGGAAGUCUCCUUGAAGAACAACAAGAUCUCCACGCUGGCAGACCUUCAGCCUCUGGCCUCCUGCCCCAAGCUGAGGCGCCUCGAUCUCCGCGGCAACCCCGUCACUCAGAUGGCCAACGUGGAGUCGGAGUUGGCCGAGCUGCUGCCCUCCGUGGUGGACCUCCUGCUCUGAUCGCCGGCGUCCCGUCGUUCACUCGUCUGUCCGUCUUCAGCUGUGUUUUGGUAGCAGGCAACCCGUGUCUCGUCUCUCUCUCUCUCUUUCUCUCUCUCUCCACCGUCUCAGAUUAUUUUGUUUUGAAGUGUGUCGUGCCUCUUGUUUGUAGGCGGACUGCCAGUCACAGCCAACCCUGAAGCUCUGACAGCCUGACGGUUCAGAGCGAACGUCACACACCUGUCCACCACUUGAACACCCAGUCUACAUUUAAAUGUGUGUGUGUGUGUGUGUGUGUGUGAAGAGGGGUGAAUGCACAAUAAAACACGUCGCAUCUCUUUGUUUGUGUGGAUGGAUGUCCGGUCCCCCUAAUGCAUGCAGAAACACGGAAGAAGAAAAAAAAAAAGGUGUAAAGUGGAUAUGGAUUGGCGUGCAGCAACGCUUCUCUGAGCUUUGUGCUCAAACAGGUUGAUCGCAGCAUCUUGUAGUAAUCAUUAUUUUUAAAAAGGUUAUCUUAAGACAUUAAAUGACAGUAUACUGUUGCACAGUAGAUUCAAUAAAAACAGCACACAUUGUGUCACUGCCUUCCAGCAA